UUGUCAUCACCUUCACCUCAAAAAGAAAGCAUCUCUCUGUCUCUCUCUCUCUCGUCUUGUUGCUGCAAAACCUCCCAUUACCAUUUUCCGCCAAGCCCAUCUCCAUCCGUCAUCAGCCUUAUCCCCCAAAGAAGAAAAAGGGAAUCUUCCAGCAAUGGCCGAUGUAGCCGCGACGCCGCCGCCGCAAGCGACGGAGGAGUUCCCACUGGCGGAGCCGCCGAGGGAGCAUGCUCCGGCGGAGCAAGGAGAGCUGCCCCCGCCUCCGUCGGCCGUGGUGACGACCACCACGGCGGUGGAGUCCGAGCCGCUCGAGAAAUCGCCGCCGACCCACGAGGAGGUUGUGGUCUCUGUUGACGCCACUCAGAAGCUGGAGGCGCCAGCCGAGCCGCAGAAGCUCCCUCCUCAGUCCUUCGCUUCCUUCAAAGAGGAGAGCAACAAGGUCGCCGAUCUCUCCGAUUCCGAGAGGAAGGCUCUGGAGGAGCUAAAGCAGCUCGUCCAGGAAGCCCUCAACACCAACACGUUUUUCUCCAAGCAAACCCCGGAGCAAGAACCCGAAACCGGCGAAACCUCCGUCUCCGCCGGAGAAGUCUCCAUCUGGGGGAUCCCGCUGCUCAUGGACGAGCGGACGGACGUCGUCCUGCUCAAGUUCCUCCGGGCUCGUGACUUCAAGGUCAAGGACGCGUUCGUCAUGCUGCGGAACACGGUCCACUGGCGAAAGCAGUUCAGCAUCGACGCCCUCGUGGACGAAGACCUCGGCGAUGAUCUUGACAAGGUCGUGUUCAUGCACGGCCACGAUCGGGAGGGCCAUGCCGUCUGCUACAACGUCUAUGGGGAGUUUCAGAAUAAGGAGCUGUAUCAGAAGACGUUCGGCGACGAUGAGAAGCGGGCUAAGUUCUUGCGGUGGAGGGUGCAGUUCUUGGAGAGAAGCAUCCGGAAGCUCGAUUUCAAUCCGGGUGGCAUUUGCACCAUUUUUCAGGUGAGCGAUCUGAAGAAUUCUCCGGGACCGGGGAAGCGUGAGCUCCGGAUCGCCACCAAGCAGGCUCUCCAGAUGCUUCAGGACAACUAUCCCGAGUUCGUGGCCAAGCAGGUGUUUAUCAAUGUUCCCUGGUGGUAUCUGGCAUUUUACGCGAUGAUGAGCCCUUUCUUGACCCAGAGGACCAAGAGCAAGUUCGUGUUCGCAAGCCCUGCGAGAACUGCGGAGAUGCUUUUCAAGUACAUUUCUCCUGAGCAAGUCCCAGUGCAGUAUGGCGGCUUGAGUGUAGAUUAUUGUGAUUGCAAUCCUGAAUUUACUGUUUCUGACCCUGCAACCGAGAUGACAAUUAAGCCCGGGACCAAACAAAUUGUGGAAAUCAUAAUCUAUGAGAAAUGUGUUAUUGUUUGGGAGCUCCGUGUUGUUGGGUGGGAAGUCAGUUAUGGUGCCGAGUUUGUGCCUAACUCUGGUGGAUAUACAGUUAAUAUCCAGAAGCCCAAGAAGAUGUCACCUGCGGAUGAGCCGGUGGUGCAUGGAACCUUCAAAGUUUUGGAGCUUGGCAAAGUGUUGCUCACAGUUGAUAACCCAACCUCAAAGAAGAAGAAGCUUCUCUACAGGUUCAAGAUUGACCUAUUGGGUGAUGAAGGCCUACCAAAUCAAUCAUAGUUAACCAAACACGAUAUAUUCUCGUGUAUAUUGGGGAGUAAGAAGUUUCUGAUGCUCAUGUUCGUCCUCUCUCGUGGAGAAAAGUUUGAUCGAUGGUCAAUCCUUGUAAAUUAUAUGUCAUGUCUUCAUUUUGUUUUAAAUAAUUCAUCGGUUUGGAUUUUGAGGUUUGGGUUUUAUCUUUUUUUAGGCCCCUUUUCCCCACAUGGUUGUCAUUCCUUGUUUUCCCCUCCUGGCGAUGAGAGGCGUGAUCUGGAAAAAUUUGAAUUUGGAGUACCAUGUUGGAUGCUCUAGGUGAGGGUGUGAACUUUAGGGAGGGUGGGAAGAUGUCGCCAUGGAGACACUAGUGUAUAGUGUGGCAUCUGUAUUGUUUUUUGUUCUAUUCACUGUUGAAUAUGGUUUGCAUUUGCUCUUGAUGUGCAUGAAUGUAAUGUGCUUGAAGUUGACA